GGCAAAAUAUUUUACGAGGAUAAAGUCCUUUGUGUUAAUUAUUACUACACUAUUUAAUUGAAAAAUUGACGAAGAAAAUAUUUUAGUCGUUUAAUUUAUUUUUUUUACCUCUUUUUUUUACCCAAAGUCAAUGUAAUACUCAUAAAUUAAGAUUUUUUUAGUUCUAAAGUUUCUGACCUUGAACCCAGUUUCACGACGUUUUUUUUUAUUUUUUAUAUUGAACAGAAAGUAUAGCUUUUCAACAUUUUUUUAUAAUCACAGUUGUUUAUGAUGUAGACAUCGAGGUUCCGGAAUAGAAAUCUUGUUUUUAUCCGAGUCUAGCCAAAAAAAAUAUAUGCUUUCACUGAAAUCAAUUCAAUCAAAAUGAUCUCACUGAUUAAGCCACAUACCAAACUUAAUAAAAAGGAUAUAGAAGAGGUAAUCCUUUUUAAAAAAAAAAUCUACUUCCUCAAAAUACGUGUGCCUCUGAAUUUUUUCUACUUAUAAUUUUUAAAAUCUUAAAACCUUUAACAUGUGUUUAGUGAAUUGCAUUUUCGAAACUGAGUAUUCAAUAUAUAAUCAAAAUCUGUAUAAUUGCAGUACUACAAGAAUUACACAUAAGACAAUUCGAAUACCUCAGUGACUUUCUUUGAAACAUUAAAAAAAGAGUCAGUAGGUGAACGUCUCGAAAUAUGUACAAACUAUUGACACAAAUUCGGUCAGAUGAUUUAAUAUUACUAUAAUAUAAUAUGAAAAACCUUAAGGCUACGAUUUUGUGAGCAUCUAUUUACUCACGAAUACACAGAAAUAGUAUAUAAUUCCAACACGACAGAAACUUUCACUGCUGUGAUGUAAUUGAUUACGCGGCAUUUCAACAUUAUUAAGAUAAACAAAAGUAGCGCAGGUGAUUUCAGCGUACCUAGCACGUAACCAUACCAAUGCCAUCGGUCAGCAGAGUCCGACACUUAACGCCAAACUGCAGUCUAAGUUGAGUGAGAGGGGCGCUGGCCAAUCAAGAAAAAAACGUACGACCUUGUUUCAGCUACUAUUUUAAAUUUUAAAUAUCGUAUAUUCACAUAUAUGUGUGUAGAUUUUGCAAGAAAUUAUUAUAUUACCUAUGCUAUAUUAUACACAAAGCUAUGAUGUUGAAUUUUGGAGAUCAGGGGUAUGCGAGUUUGAAAUUCUAUAUUUGAGAAGAAAAAAUACUUUAUAUUAUAGUCCAAAUGUCAUAGUGCGAAAAUUUGCGUCUAAAUAAAUUUAUUUUAAAUAAUAAUAAUAAUCUGUUAAUAAUUUAUUUGGAAAGUAUUUCGACGCUUUAUUCUAUACUGUGCUAUCUCAGAAGGACAACUUUUCACGACAGCCAUUUGAAGUUGACAACUUUAUAUGCUGCCCUGUAAUUUUUUUUUUCUAAAAAAUUAAAUAUCUUAUCACCCGAAUGUCAAAUGGACACCGAACUUUCACCAGUUGUAGAUCUCGAUGCCAAGAGAAACAUAUCCCUAUAGCAUAGUAUGGAAUGCAGCUGUCGAUAUAUUUUCGAAAUCACGUGUUCAGUAAAAUUUUAUUGAAAUUAAAAAUAGAAAUUUUAAGUUUUCAAGUCCAAGGUCCCCCUAGCAAUGGUUCAAUGAAAUAUCUCGAAGAGAAUAUAAUGAGACCUUUCUGAAACAUCAAACAGGAUUUAAUUCUGUCAAUUAGAACCAGUGCUAGAAUUAUUUAAUUUUGACCCCUUAUAACUCGGAUGAGAAGGAUCGGGAGGACUUUACUUUCAUUUAAUCGUAAGCUCUUAACCCAUCUGUACAGUACAUACUAAAAUUGUAGAUUAAUCCAUGCCAUAGGAGCUGAGUAAUUGAGAAAAUAAAAUUUGGUGAUGUUCCAAAACGGCGGAAAGAAGUGUGGAGUGGAAGGAUGAAUCUUACAUCAUGAACUUGUAUCAACUCAUCGAUAUUAAUCUUUGCCGAAAACCACUUGUCAAUAUCUCUUACUGUUCUCUCUCCAUAAGUGGUUAUACGACACACGGGAUGGGCGGGACGGAACAGACACAAAAAUCAAUUUUUAGCGUACAUAAUGAUCUAUGUGUGUCAAAAUGGGUACAUGCAAAAUUUGGCCAUUCUGACAAGGCUGCAUUUCUCCUCGGACCACAGAGGCUGAGAUUGUUGUAAAGAAUUAAGAAUCUCUGAUAAAUCACAAUUUAAUUUAGAAUCUAAAACUUUAAACAACUUCGAAGCAGCGCAAGUAAUCUAAAUCUUGGUUAAAUGAAAGUAUAAGGAGUUUGUCACAUUUUUACAAAUUUUACAAAUCUUUGAAAUUAUUAUAAUAUUUAUUAAAUCUGUUAAAUAAAGAUUACCUAUUUAAGGAGUUUCAGUAUCCAAAAUUUAAUAUUUUUUCUGCUCAAAGUUAUAUUUUUUUACUAAUCAUUUUUGGUUGAUUUUAGUUGUUUGUAUAACUAUUUUAGAACAGUUAUAUAUUUAUAGAGAUUUUAAUAAACCUUAUACAAAAUACAAUAAAACUAUUAUUGAGAUGGUUUUUAUUAUUAGGGCAGUUUAUAGUGUGUAUAUUAUUAUUUAUUUAUUAGUAUGUAUAUUAUGGAAAUAAAGUAUAUAACACUUCCUUGAGAUAGUGCUUUUCGGGACUAGACAUGAAAAAAUUUCAAUACCUGUAAUACCACUUUUAAUUAUAUUAACUACCCUUUGAUAUAUGUAGUAUUGUAUAUUUAGUUAUAUGUAUUUUAAUAUUUUAUAUUUGUAUUGUACAUUUUUUUCAAUAAAAUAUACAAAUUUUUGCUAUUGGUGUAAAUAGUGCUUCAUUUUUUUCAAAUGAAAGUCGUAACUUUAGUAAACAGAUUUAAAUUAGUAUAAUACUUCAUAAAAUUUAUUGAGUUAUUGUCAAACAGACAAUUUUUUUCUUUAUAAAAAUUCAAUAUGUGCAUUUAAUUAUUUUAGAAAAUAUUGACCUUUAUAAAAUACUGUGUGACACAAAUUUUAUUGCGAUUGGUACCGAGAAAAUAGAUGAGCUUUUAGAUCUAUGGAAAAAGUUAUUUACCGCUAGAGCACUCAAAACCGGGACUUGUGUAUAUACAUACAUAGUUAUAAAUUUGUAUGCGGUUUAUCAAUAAAAACGAUGAAUUGAUAAUGGAUUUGAGGGGUAUUAGCGUGAAUUACAUUUUCCACCAAUAUCAGUUGAUUGAUUUAAUUGGAAGAGUCAACAUCUAAAAUAAUCAUUUUGCAAAUAGUAUUAGUGAAUGUAAUUUGAAGUGAUUCAUUUUAUAAUUUGAUCAAAAUGCGAAGCGUUUUUGCGUACGCAAUUGCUGUUUUUAUUUUUACUGUAAUUUUUAUUGGUGCAGGUUUCGUGGUGGCCAAGGUCAUCACCACUGAAACCGUACCAUCAGACGAAAAAGAUGUGAGUGUGAUUUUAUCAGAGCUUCGACAAGUUAUGAGAAGUUCAGAAUAUAAUGUACAAGCUUAUUUAAUUCCUUCGACUGAUACUCAUUUGGGAGGAUCUUCCCGAAGGGUAUCUUAUGUAAGCGGAUUCACAGGUUCCAAUGGUUUUGCAAUUGUUGGUGAGACAAAAGCUGCUGUUUGGGUAGAUGGUCGCUAUUAUUUGCAGGCGGAUCGUCAAGUGGAUACAACUUAUUGGGAGAUUAUGAAGAGCGGACUUGCUGAUACAAAGAGCCAUGAAGAAUGGAUGAGGGAUAAUCUUCCUAGUGCUGCACGAGUAGGAUUGGAUCCUAAUGUAUUUUCACCAAGUGAUUUUGACCGUUACUCAAAAUACUUGAGCGGGUAUGGUCAUACUCUUGUAUCCCUUCCGGAGAACCUUGUGGAUUUAGUAUGGGAAGAUAAGCCCCAAAUCUCCUUAUCGGAACUUGAGGUGCAACAACUAGCUUUUAGCGGACAGCCAAUUUCAGAGAAAAUCGAGCGUCUUCGAAGUGAAAUCAACAAUAUGAACGGUGAAGCUCUUGUGGUGUCGACACUUGAUGAGAUAGCAUGGCUACUCAAUCUUCGAGGAAGAGACUUUUCAACAACUCCUACAUUUUACUCAUAUGUUAUUCUCACCAUGAAUGAUCUGUAUGUAUUCUUCCACAAGGAUCGGCCCGUGUCCGAAAGUAUCAAAGACCAUAUAAGAACUGAGUCUCAGACCAAUUGUAUCUUUGAUUUCACAUAUGAAACCUUUUUAAAUGGCUUGCAAAAAGUGGUGAGUGAAACCACCAAAUAUAUAGUGAUUCCAUCUGAUGGUAAUCAAGCCACAUUCGAAAGAAUACCCUCUGAGAGAAGAUCAGUAGUAAGUGGUUUUAGCCCUAUUGCUCGACUCAAAGCUGUAAAGAAUAAUGUAGAGGCUGAAGGGUUAAAAAAUUGUCAUGUGAGGGAUGGUGUGGCAGUAAUUAGAUACCUGCACUGGCUCAAUGUGACAAUUGGAUCAGAAACAAUCACUGAGAUAAGUGGUGCAACAAGAUUGCAACAAUUCCGCAGUGAACAAGAACAUUUCAAAGGAUUAAGUUUUGGUUCAAUAAGUGGCUUUGGGCCAAAUGCUGCUGUUGUUCACUAUUCCCCUACCCAAGAAACAAAUCUUGAGAUUACCACUGAGGGCGUAUACUUGAUAGACUCUGGUGGACAGUAUUAUGAUGGAACUACAGAUGUAACAAGAACUAUUCACUUGGGAGAGCCCACUGAUUUCGAAAAACUAGCCUAUACUCUCGUCCUUAAAGGACACUUGGCCAUUGAUCGUGCUAUUUUCCCACCUAACACACGAGGAGCUCAUUUCGAUGGUUUAGCACGGCAGUUCCUCUUUCAGGAGGGCCUAGACUUCGCACAUGGUACCGGUCAUGGAAUCGGUGCUUACUUGGGUGUCCAUGAAUACCCACCGUCUAUCACAAGUGCUGCUGGGUCUCCUGGUUUUGUCGAAAACAUGUUCGUAUCAAAUGAGCCCGGCUACUAUGAAGAAAACUCUUUUGGAAUUCGCAUUGAGAGCAUUGUACAAGUGGUGAAAUUUGAGGGGAAACCUGGAAUGAGGGAUUUCGCCGGCCGUGGUGCAUACACAUUCCAUUCAGUAACCAUGGUGCCCUUUCACCUCAAAUUGAUAAAUACGGACUUAAUUACAAAAGACGAGGCUGAACAAAUUAAUGCAUAUCAUCGAGAAGUUGUGGAAACUGUUGGAGAUUUACUUAAGGAGCAAGAUCAGGCAGCUUAUGACUGGCUUUUGGAAGAAACUCAACCCAUAUCAUCAACAAUGCUAUGAAGAUGAUAGAUUAACUUUCGUCGUAUCCUGUUUGCAGAACUUUGUAUGCAAUGUUCAAUUGACUAUCCAAAUGUUUAAGGAAUUUGAUUUAUCACAAAUAAAUUACAUAUAUGGAGUCAUAAUUACAAGAAUAAAUAAGGAAUUCCUUGAA